GGGGAGCCCGCAACCCCAAACACGCCGACUUUGGCACGUACGAAAACUCAUUGGAAAUUUAAAAGAAAUACACAGGGAGCGGGUCGCGCUAGCCUGUUAGCUAGCUUCACCGAAGGCACACAGCCAUGAUGCCUGACGUUGCCAGAUAGUGAUCCAUGUCGGGCACUGGCAACACAAUGAGCACAUCCAAAACACAUUGGCUGGCCACAGCGGACACACGGACGCGUCCAGCAACGCAUCUCGAAACACACGAAGGCAGACGUGUGCAGCGGCGUCCGGUAUCGCGCCUUUAAAACGCACAAAGGCGUCGGUUGAGCCAGCUAGCGUCAUUUACGCCUGCGAGGAGCACUAUUUGACAUAUUUUCGGCGAGCCGACAGGCCCGCGGAAAGGAGCGGGGCCCGGGAAGCCGGCCAACCGCCGCAAGGCGCUCAAAACAAAAGGAUACUCAAAGUCAACAUCUUGGACUGGUAGUCGAACGCCACCACCUCCCCUUGCAGCCGCUGUCCCAGGCAGGUGAGGCAAGAGACAUGGCUCCCGACGCUGAUAUACUCCCCCACUUCAGCCGCCAUCUUCUCCGCCAGCAAACCGGAGCGCGUGCCUUACGUAGCGCUACGUGAUGACGUAGGCGGGGCGUGUGUCGCGAGGCACGUCGCCACGCCGCCGAGCAUCCCCGACGCGACGGUACGGCAAGACUAAUAUGAAAUAACUCAUAACGUCACACGGCUGCACGUCGGACUAACGUGCUUUGUAAUGUUCGACGAUAUAAUGAGACGCGUCCGCGGUUAAAAGUCUUGACGUUUUUCGUGAGUCUCCGCUCCUGCGAGGGCGAACUCUAGUGGACAUAAGGCGGAAGUACGUUCUUGACAUAAAUUGACCCCUUCUUUUGGGAUACGUUCAUACAUACUCUGCAAGUGAUGGAUUGCCUACACAAGUACGGAGUAUGGAUAGCAGAAAUCCUCCAGCUCAGGACGAAGAGUCUCGAGCCACUCUGGCUUUUCAUCACCGAAGCCGGGGGCCCGAAAGCGGCUUUCUUCAUCGUCUUCCCGUGCACUUACUUCUUCUGUCGGCGGACCGGCCUCGCGGUGUUGUGGGUGGCCGCCCUGACAGAGUGGCUCAACUUGAUGCUCAAAAGUGUGCUGUUUGGUGAAAGGCCAUUCUGGUGGAUCCCAGAAUCACAUAUAUUUGCCAACAAGUUGCCGAAACUUGAGCAGUACUCCUCCACAUGUGAAAAUGGCCCAGGCAGUCCGUCAGGACACGCCAUGGUCACUGCCGCUGUCUGGUAUGUGGUGGCCUCGUCCCUGCAUUCUUACCUGUACCGCCGUAAUUGCAGCAUUCCAUGGACCUACGCACCUUAUGUGCUUUACGGGACUUUGUUGGCGGUCGUUUGCAUUUCCAGAGUGUUUGUCUUGGCCCACUUUCCACACCAGGUGUUUACAGGUUCCAUUGCAGGUCUUCUAUUAGGAAUUUACCUGCUCCGCAGGGUGCCGGAAAGGCGCCCGUUACAGUUCUUCAUGGCCCUCACCUCGUCUUUAAUGAUUGGCACGCUGGCGCUGAACGCCGCACUACGGACGAUGGGCGUAGAUCUUUCCUGGUCUAUGGCACUGGCUAAAAAAUGGUGCAAACACAGCGAGUGGGUUCGGCCUGAUGUGGCCACGCUCACCUCCUUGUCCCGGGACUGCGGGGCCCUGCUGGGCAUGGGCUUGGCCCAACACUGGAAGCCCGGCGGUUGGCAACUGGCUCGGGGUCCACAGGCUUUGUCCCUGGUGCUGUCAUACAUCGCCCUGUACUUUGUGUGCAGCGCACCGCUACCGCUGAGAUCGCCGGUCCUCUACUACACCCUCUUUUCUGUCAAGUUCACCUUGGUGCCUCUAAUUGUGGUGAUGGUUCCCGGACUGGUUCACCUUAUGAUGCGCAAGAUUAAGCGGAACUAGAUGCUUUGAACUUUACCUUCUCAACAAGGAUUUCUAUGCUAAAUUGUGUUUGUUUGUUUUCAUAGAGAUGAUCGCACACAGGAAGGUUUUAUUUAGAUCACGUACAAAUUUUAACUGAAAGCUUUACAGGUGAAAUCAGAUUGGCCUUUUUUAAACUUGAAUGCAUAUAACUAACUGUUGUUAGGUGUCACGCUCACUUCAUGACACCAAAUGUGAACAGCAUGAUGAAGAGGAGCGUUUGAUGACUAAUUUCGAAUUGAACCAGAAAAUAAUUGGUGGAUCAAACACCUGUUUUUGUUUUUUUGUUGUUGCUAAAAUCUCACUCGGACAUGUUCAUUGAAAACUUUGAGAAGGUCAGUAUAGUUCACCUGGACUGGAGGAAAUCUUAGAUUAAACCUUAACUGAGGCUGUUGCGUUGACUGAUAAUAUGUAUUUUCUUAGUUUGGUGCUGGAAUGACAGUGCCCCAAAUUGUUUUUUUGGGUUUGAUAAAGGUUUUUUGUAUUUAAUCAUAUUUAUCUAAAAUAAAAUGUGGUUUCAAAGACUGGACUGCGGUUUUAAAAUUGUACUCUUAAAAAAUAUAGAUAGCCUAUUCAUUCAUCUUAAAGCUUAUUGCAUAUAACUUAAGUGUUGAUGCUAAAGUCUAGAGGCCACACACAAAACGACUGCAUGUUUCUUUGCAUGAGUUACAAAUGCAACAUGUAUCAACCUUUUUUGGGCACGGGACCAGUGUUGUUUUUGGCAGCCCUUUUCAUUUUCGUCUUAAGUCUUUUAGACUAGUCGUCAAAUAAUAUUUAAGUCAUCUCAAAAUGUGUUGUUGACAAAUUUCGUCUAGUUUUAGUCGCUGUUACUUAAAAUGUUUUCCUCUGUAAAUUAAAACAAUUUACUCCAACAAUAAGGUUUUCAAAUAUUUCAAAUGAACAAUGACAGACAAACACAUAUUGUAGCGUCUAUCUACAAGGACAAUGCCAACUUAAUAAUACACGCAGUAGGAAAACAGUACAUUAUUUUCAAUUAAUUAUACCAAGAGGUGGGUACUAACUCGUUACAUAUAGUCUGUUAUAUUUAAAUUUACAACGCAACUCUUACUCCGCUACUUUGGCUAAACAAGAGUUGUUACAUUUUUCCUCUUUAUACUUCGUAUUAGAUUUAUUUAUUUUCAGCUAGUGAUGCCAAGAGUAGCUCUACCAAUUUCACCAAUGAGACAUCGCAACAAUCAGGGGUGAAAGUGGGCCAGAACG